AUGUCAACCACUGAAUAUAGAGAAACUACAGAAAUUUGUACCGAAAUUUCUGAAGAUGAUACUAAUAGGUUUAGAAAUGACAAUGAAACAGAGAUGAGUUCUAAUGCCUCUUCAUUACCUGCAUCCUUUUUAAAUGACUUUGAAGAAAUGAACAUCGAAGACCAACGUAUUGGCCGCUAUGACGAUGAAGUGCCAACUGAAAUUGCAACCAGGACUAAUGGGACAGCUACCAAUACAUCUGUAUCUAAUAAUACAGUCACUAACCACGUAACUGCAACCGCACCCAGUGAAACAGUUACUAACAACACACAUGUAUCUACUGGCUCAUCCACAAUCACACUUGCUAACAUAGAGCGUUCAAUGGAAGUUGAUCUUUGUUACGUUUUAGAUUGUACUGGUUCUAUGGCAGGACAUAUCGCAGCGGCCAAGGAUUGUAUUUUACAAGUGACAGAAUACAUUAAAAGUACAAAUCCAAGCAUUAAAAUUAAAGUUGGCUUUUGUGGUUAUCGCGAUCAUUGUGAUAAUACUUCGCGACUGCAAAUUUUUGAUUUUACAAAUGAGUAUGAAGAAUUUAGAAGAAAUUUAACUUCAGUGCCAGCCACAGGUGGUGGAGAUGGUCCAGAAGAUGUGCUUGGAGGUCUUUAUGCGGCUAUAACUCAAAUGAGUUGGAAUGAUGGUACUAGAGUCCUUUUUCAUUAUCCACCUCACGGUAAACGUUUUACUACCAUGCAAGAUGAAUAUCCAGAUGGAGAUCCCAAUGGGUUGACAGCUGAGAGUGUAUUAGACAAAAUGAAAUCAGAAAAUAUUCUCUACUUUUUUGGAAAAAUAACAAAUUAUACAGAUACUAUGAUCGAAGUAUUUCGUAGUAUUAUUGGUGAAUUUUCAAUUUUUGAACUUGUAGGAGGAGAUCCAAUAGAAUUAAUUAAUAAAUUUGUCGCAGCUACUACAUUAUCUAUCACUUUGUCAGUUUCAUUAACCAGCACCAUUGGAACUAGAAGGAAUUUAGAUUCAUCACCACGAAGACUUGAAAUCGACAGAAAUAUUCCCGAUUGGGAUACUCGUCCACCUCUAAAAGGUGUAACUUUAUGUUAUUAUAUUCCUGAAGAUGUAGCGGAACUUAAAAAUCAAAGAUUUUAUGAUAAAAAGAACCUCAUUUCUAAGACUUUUCAUUUCAAGAUUGCACAAAAACCAUUUGCUGCUGGUGUUGAAAAAUAUGCAUAUUAUGCUAUUAACACUAAACAUGAUCCACCAAGGCGAAUAGUGAUGAAAGAAUAUUUGACAGAUGGAACAGCAAAUCCAUUUGAAAAGUAUCUUGAGUCUACAGAAAUUUCAGCUUUAACAAGCUAUCUUACUAUAAAGUUUAAUUCAAAAGCAAGAGGAAAAG